AUGUCUGGUCCUCAUCUAAGAACUGCCAUUGUCACAGGGGCGACAUCAGGCAUAGGACUUGCUCUGACACAGCAUCUCCUCUCGCUCGAGAACCCAGCUUGGCGAGUGGUCAUGGUUGCGCGAGGCACGCCUGCCAAAAAGCUCAACCUCGAUCCGGACCGAACAUUAUUCAUCUCAACAGAUGUUUCAUGCUGGCAUGAACUGUCGAACGCAUUCAAGCAAGCCUGGAACUGGAAUGGAAUGAACACGAACCGCAUUGACUUCAUCGCUGUAAAUGCGGGGACUGACGACAAGGAAUCCAUCUACGAUGCCAUGGAUCUGGAUGCCGAGCCUGGUAUCCCCAACUUGAAAUGCAUUGAGGUGAACCUCCUCAGUGUGGUGUACGCACUCAAGCUGUUCAUCUACUAUGCACGGAAAUCUCGGAUGGUGUCGAAAAUGUCGGACUUUAAUCCGAAGUUUGUGAUCACUGGAAGCUGUGUUGGGCAGUAUCCAUUCCCCGUGGCACCACAGUAUUGUGCCUCAAAACAUGGAGUGGUGGGGCUGACUCGCUCGGUUGGCAGGAGGCUACUGAAGCAUGACAAUAUUGCUGUCAAUUGCAUCAUGCCUGGCUUCGUACCUACCUCACUUGCGCCUCCUAAGUUGCUAGAGUUGUGGCCCAAGAAACAUGCUACUUCAAUCGCAGCAGUGGUCAGGGCGUUUAUGGAGCUGAUCAAUGACAGUGGGAAAGUCGAGCAAGACGGAAGAUCUGAUGGCGCAAAUGGGUCGAUCAAAACUGCGCAGACUGUCGAAGUGGUAAACGACACGCUCUUUUAUCGCUCUGAGGUUGCUAGUCCAAAUGAGAGUAUGGAGUUCUUGAGAGCACAGGCUGAGGAAGGUGGCUUAUGGAUGAGCAUGUUUUGA